AUGCUCCCAGAAGCCCUUGUCAGCGUUUACAAGUCUUACAAGACGGACACGGACUUCAUUACUACUUGGCUCGCGACCACAGCACGAGCGUACGGUUGUCCUGCAGAGCUCAUCUCAGGGCUUCGAGACACAACAGACGACAAACCUGAGUCGGUGCCGGAAGAUGACAAGCCAGCCAGUCAACGCAAGGGCAAGUCAACCAAAGAGGCAUCAAAGUCAUCGCAGAAGAAACCUCGCAAACGAUACAUCCUCGCCGUCAAGGAUCUCCUACCGCUGGCUCAGUUCCUCGCAACAUCACAGAAGCCAGCCAUCACCCCUCCGGAUAGUCUAACCGCCGCUCUUGACAGAGUGAUCGAUCUCAGGGCCAAGUUCAGCACUCAGCUGGUUGAGCAUGGUGCCACGACCAACGCUCAAGACGACAGCACCCAUUUCUACUUCCUCAGGGUCUUGUGUCAAGUACGCCACGUUUUGACAGCUCAUCGAACUACUUCCCCAACCAACACAGCAGCCUCAACUGGCGAUGCUGCCGAGAAGCCCCAGCCAUCAGUCAACAAGUUUGAAGGACUAUUUGUGUCUGAGCCGUCCGCGAAAUUCAUCAACGCCCCAGAUGCACCUCUACCAACGAGACCACCAAAGUCGGAGACCGAUGCCAAUUUCGAGGCCGAGAGCGAGAUGUCGAGCUGGGAUGCUCAGUUCGUAUGGCAGCUAGUUUGGAAAGACCUUUACGGAAUGCGUCAGAGGGUCAGGUACAUGUGGCAACAGUUCCGAGAAGGGCGCCACGAGCUCGUUUCCGUUGCAUUGGCCACCAACACCGCCAUCGACCUUGCCCGUAACAUCGUCGAAGACGUCACGCCAGUACUUCAAUCUCAGCCAGGGGGUCUGUUCGGGGUCAUCUGUCUCUACAAUGCCACGUUCACAACUACGAAAAUCCGAAAAUACUCGGAGGGUCUGCUUCGUUUCCCAGAGAAGCCAACAAAGGAGGAGAUCGCGUACGUUGCGGGCGUCCUAGACUGCACCAACGCUUACAGCAUGCUGCAGCAACUCCUUCCGAAAGAUCAAGGCGCCAUCAACCCACCAUUAGUCACAAAAGGCAGUCCAAAGAUCAGAUUAGCAAGGACACAUGGCGACUUUGUCAUUGACCGGAACGCGGUCUCUGGUGUUCUUUACGAUAUGUACUUCAUCAUUCGUUACAUCCCAGACUGGCCAGUGGACGAUGGCGUCUUGCGAGGGUUCCGAGAAACGAUGCGGACGAAGGAAAUCCCCUUCUACUUUGCGUAUGCAGUCCAACUUCUCAUUGACAUUCAUGGAGUCAUGGGACAGAACCUGCCAUCCAUUCGAGUUCAAUUUAUGCGAGGGAUGUCGACACUGCAAGAGCUCAUGACACAGGCGUGGUACAUCCACCAGAGUACAAGAAUGGACCCAAAGGCACUCAGAUGCUUCCCGCUUCUCCAACGCACGGUAAUGAGCAUGUCCAAAAUGACACGCGACCCCAUUCUCGACGAGAAACAGCGGCUCAAGAAGCCUAUCGCAGAUCCCUCUCUGGAACGCUUGCGAUUGAUGAAGACUGACCCCGUCAUGGCUGGUCUGGUUAUGUAUACCUUCCGAGCAGCAACAUAUCGAGUCGGAAUCUGCCUUGCAAACGACACACUAUCCGUCAUGUCGACCAUGCAUCUCUAUAAUGCUUUGUACCAAGAAGGUCUGCUCAAGUCCAAGUGGUGGGACAUCGAGCUCAUUAUGGAACUGGCCGGCAAGUCCCAGUUCUACGUGGGAAACCCUCCAAGCGACCCGACCGGAUACAUCAAGAGCUUUCUCAUGCAAACCGGCCUGAAGAGCGUAUACAUGAGUCAGCUCAAGAGGUCAAAAACGCAGACGAAGCUGUACAAGGAGCUCAAGAACCGGAGACGUAUUUCUGAAGGAGCGACUGUUUCUAUGAUGUUCUACGAGAGGUACUGCAAUGAAAAGGGAGAGACUUCGACAGGAAACUUCACUGCUGAAGAUAUCGUACGCAUCCUCGACCACUGCCCGGAGGGUUUGUGGUUUGAUCACCCUCAAGAGGAACCCGAGAGUGAAAACCAGGACAAAGGCUCCAGGAAGUCGACGCAGAAACGGAAGAAGCCAUCAAAGCCCGCCAAACCUAGCCUACCUCCCUAUGAUAUCAUCACCUCCCUGGGGGUUGGGCUCUUGGACGAAGCGGCAGAGUUUGGGUUUCCCUGGCUAGCCAUGCAUCGCAACGCAUGGCACUUGAUGCGGAAGAUUCGAAUGGCCAGCGAACGUACGUUCAUGAUGUUGGUGCCGGGCUACAGCAUGUCCGAAGCCGGGCUGAUGACGCUCACCACGUACAUCCUGGAUGUUUUGGUUCACUCGAGGCCUACUAACUCUCUGGGAAAACGGGUUACUGAGGAAGUGGCGGCUACGUUCAAUCAUUACCUCACCCAUAUCCCGAGAGAUCACGGCUGGUCAGCUGGCGAGACGGUGUGGAGGGAGAUGGAGAUUGCCCUUGGCGUUGGACUCCAUAUGUACGAAAGGGUUGUCGGGAAAGUUACGCAAGCUGGUGAGUCUGAGGAAGCGCCACCGCCUGAAAUAGUCACAGACACGGCUGUUCCAGUGUGUUGA